AUGCCUGGCGAGAUUGGUAUCAAGUUCAUUUUAUUUUUGGUGUCUGUUAUCUCAAAAUAGGUCUCAGAAGAGCAUUUUCUGUGAUUCCUGAAACGAAUUUUGCUCAAAGUUACGACGAAGAUUUUGUAAUGUACUUUGUGAAAACUUAUCCCCCAGUUUUGAAACAACAUCGCUCUGUAUACAACUACAAUCAUAAAUUAUGGUUUUGUUCCUAUUGCUAUGCUGUAUAUACACAAUGUCAAUGUAACGACAAAUUAUUACAGAUGUGCAUGUUAAUUGUAAUUUUCUUUGCAAGAAGGAAAACGAAUAAUGCAAUGGAAUGAAGUACAAUCCUGGUUGAAGUACAACCCUGGACGACGCCCUUAUUACUUCUAUUGCCAACCUGCUGCACACAUAUUUCUCUUAAAAAUCAUAUAGCUAUAAAUAUAUUAUUAUGAUAAAGAGACAAAUAGUACCCAGAGACAAACUACUCAUUAAGUUAAUUAAUUAAUUAGAAUUAAUGAAUGCCAAUAUGCUAUAAUAAUAUGUUUGCAACAAUUAAGUGAAACACCAAAUAGGUUGUGUUCUUUUUCCUUUUAAUUUAUUUCUUAAGAUGGUAGCCACAUAUAAAGUGCUAAAUUUAGCCAACAGUUAAUAUUUUAAUAGCGUUUCCGCUGUAAUUAUUCUUUUUCCUCUUUAGAAUAUCACUUGGUCGUAAUUUGUAGUAUUGAGAAUGAGGAAAAGUCAAACAUGGUUGCUUCCUUAGAUCAGUUUCGUCGCCAAUUUCCCCCUCUCGCAUCAAUGAGAGGUAUUCAGAACUAUUUAAAAGAGCAGCUGAUUGUUUCAGAUGCGAAAAUCGUGGCCGAUAUUCAGUGGGCACCAGCAGCCAUUGUUGACAGGGAAAAGUGAGUGUUGUAAAACUUGUGCGUAUAUAUAGUGUACAGUAUAGUGUACACUGUAAAUUUUGUAUAGAAAGUACUAAGAUUUGAAUAAGAACACUCCAUGUCCCUUUUCAUUUAUAUGUUAUGCGUGUACUAUAAAAUAACUCAUAUUAAGCGCCAUAGUAAAUAGCCGAAAAUUUAUCAAUUAUCUGAUGUGUUGAGAAAAAUUAUAGUCUUUUGUAAAAGCGUAUUUUCAAAUAGAAGUACUUGAUGACAGUACACAUGCGUAUACCUAACUGCACGAAGAAAAAUUUAUCAAUGUGUACACUUGUACACAUGUAACGGCUUAUUCUGUCAAUUGAAUUCUUACAUAUGUUUGAAAGCACUCCGCAAAAUGUGCGUACAAUGUACUAAUCUAGUUAAUCUACAAUUACAAAAACUUGCCAUGUUUAUUGUUUAUACUUUUAUUAUAAAGCCUAUCUGUUCGUGUGGUCCAGUCGUCCAGAGCUGGUAUGGGAAAAAGUUUGAUAGUAAAGCACUUGGCAGAACGAUUGGCUCGCCUUCCAAAUAACAAAAAGCUUCGCGAAGGCUUAGUGUUGUCGUUAUGUCCUACAAUUCCUGUACAUGGGAUCUCUGUGGAUGGUGAUCGUGUUACCCGUACUCUUCUUUCCCAUGCUGUCAAAAGAGAUAUUCCUGUUUCAAGGAUUUUUCAUCUGGACGUGUCUCAGUCGGUAAGUAGCACACAUUGUGUCAUCAAAGCCAUAUCUGUAUUUCACUUGAAUGUUGAAAAAAUUUCGUAAUUGUUAAAUUAAGUAUGGUAACGUUAAAGCGGAUAUAUCAUACUAGUUGUUGAACUAAUUGAUGACUAAUAACACGCACCUUUAAUAAGGUCAUUAACCAAAAAUUAAUAGUUUGUCUUAAUGGAAAAAAAUAACAAAAAAUAACAAUUAAAGACGUUUUACAAAAUUUUUAAGAAAUUAAGCAAGAAUCGAGCUUGUCUUGCUAUCUAUUUUGACUAAAAACAGUGAGCUGUUCGCCAUCUUGGUUUACCUCACAAGUGAGUUACUAAGAAGUAAUUUUGUGAGGGUGAUGAGGUAAGACUUAAUCUAAGAUUGACAGCUCGUCGCUUUCAGUUAAAAUAUUUCAGGAGUUAAGCUUCAUAUGAAAAUCUGUGACAAGAUUUUAUAUAAUUUGAGAUGUUUCAAAUGAAACCAACUUUAUUUUUAUUGUCAAUGCCGUUUGAAGCAACAAAUAGACUUCGAUCAUUGCUUAUUUUUCCCGUUAACGUCAAAACGAGCUUAUUGAAUAUUCGUUAAAGUACAUUCAAGAUGACGGCGAAAAACAACUAGUAGCACUUGUUCAAACAGUAGCUAGUCAACUUGUUAAUAAUAUUGUAUCCCUGAAUGCCUCGUUCAUGUUGUGCGGCACUUUGAGAAUCUAAGGAAAACGGAACUGGCACAUCAUUUCACCGGUUCACCAAAGAAAACGAUUUACGGGAAAAGUGGCUUCUCGUGAUACAAAGAAAAUAGGCUGUUGCGGUCUUUGGAAAAAAAACGAAAACCGAUAUCGGAAAAAAAUACCGAUAUAUCGAUAUAUUUUCGCGAUUGUAUUUUGCUUAAUUUUAUGCACAUUUGCUUAAUUUGAUGCAAAAUUUUCUGUUUUUAAAUGAUGCCAAACAGCCACGAUAUAACAGCUUUGACUCAUCGAGUGCGUGAUAUUUUCCGUAAAAUGUGAGGCCAGUGAUCAGUAUAGCCUGUGAAAUUCCGCUUUAGGAAUUGAAAAUGCAUAUUAGCAUUGAUUACCGCACUGGAUAAUUCAUGCGUGAUAUUUUUGACCGCGAAAUUUGUUUCAAAACAUGUUAUUCAACUGCAAAUUAGAAACAAAGAUUGUCCUAUCACACCAGAUAAACAAAGUCCAAUGAGGUUAGUUUUUGUUUUUUCUAAAACAUUUUGUAAUCCAUCGUUUACGUUCUAAAAGUUCACCUUUUGAAAAGCACGUUGGUUGCACGAACCUUGUUUUUCAGCAGCACAAGAACAUUUCACAUCUUGCCUAAGUUGAAAGACUGUGUUAUCAUUUCACUCAAUUCCUGUGAUGGAAAACAAGAAGAAAAACUGCCUGGAAAGGACGGGAAAAUAACCAGUAAAGUCUAUUUACUGCUUUAAACACUCCAAACAUUAUUCAUAUUCAAAUAAUCUGCAAAGACGUUUUAGAUCUUUUCACCUUUCUCUGAUAGAUUUUUGCAAUCAAAUCGACUAGAACGAAAUAAAGAUAGCUCCCUACAGAUUUUUGAAGCCUGGAAAAUUUAUGUUUUAAAUAAUCGUUCAUUGUUAGAAAACAGAAAUUUUGUGACGAUAGUUUUAACUUCGAAAUUUUGUCCAGAAAAAUGACGUAAUUAUUGUCUCUAUGACAACUAUGGCAUUUUAAUAUGGCCAUCUUUUAGCGUAUGGAGGGUCAUAUGUCGAGGUCGAGGGUCGAAAGUCGAAGUCGAGGGUCAAAAGUCAAGGGUUGAAAAUGGGAAAUAUUUUUUUAUUAAUACAUUUCUAGAACACUACAUUAUUCGCAUUUGUUAUUUUGUUGUCAAAAUUUUAAAGGUUUUCCGGAUCAAUAACUUUAUUAAUGUUAGUACAGAACAAUGCCUUAGGACAUAAUUAAGUUCGUUUUUGUUUUUCAAGAAAGUGGAAAAUUACUGUAAAAACGGUGAUGAGUCGAGAAUAUAUUGCAUUUUAUUGCACUAUAUAUCAGAAUGAAUCGAGUCCCAGUGCAUUACAGCAAAAAUCACUCACAAUGGUUGGGAUGGUCGAAAUGGUCUAUAUUAUGAAUAUGAAACUGUCAAUCGAAAUUGUGCACUUCCAUUGCAGACAUGUAAACACGAUGUCAUAAAUUAUAUAAAUAUUAACUGUUUCUCACACACCCUAACGCUUUAAACCUCCAAAACCAUACGGGGUAUGGGGAGUAUCGUUAAGUUGAAGUUAUGAGCAAUUUCAGGACUCUGUCGCCGCCAAGUCCCAAGAGAUAACAUGUCAUAUUACUUAUCCUCGUGUGAGCGAAACGCCAUUUUUGUACCAUCGCCCAUGUUUGUAUAUUUUAAACUCCAAUGUAAAAUAAAAGAUGUAUACUUUCAAACAUCAAACCUUGCAUCAGAUUUUUAGUUGCACAAGCGAUCGAAACUUUCAGUAUACAUAAGUUAUAACCUUUGGCGAACUUUUUCAAUUUUGACAGCAAAACUAAUUGUUUUGCCGCGUUUGCAAGCUUUCAAAAUAAUUGUAGAACUUUUAAAAUGGAUAAAAAUGUAGUAUUUCAACCCUCGACCUGGACUUUUGACUUUCGUCCUUUGACCCUCGACGUAUGACCCUCGACACUCGACAACUACCCAAACUCAACUUACUUUACUCAAAAAUAGCUUGAUUACUUUCAUUUUGUUAUUUCAUCAUUUUUUUUCACCAAAUUUGCUCAGCACAAAGCCUCCAAAAGGUCGAACGGCAAUCAUUAUGUUCUAAAAAUGUACUAAAUAGAAAUUGUGUAUUCAGGCUUUCUAGAGUAAAGAAGGUUGAAACUUGAAAGCCAAAAUACCGGCCAUAUUCAAACUUCAUAGUUUUUUCUUUCAAACAUUCAUUAAGGUUGUAAAAGGACUGGACAGUUUCUUGUUCAAACUUGUUAUCUUGCGAGCUGUGAAAGAUCAUAGUGGAAAUGUCUGGAGAAGAAAACCAACUGAUAUGUAUGUUGUUGAAAUUACAACAGACAAGUCGUUUGGGACAUUAACAACUGAGGAUGCUGUAUCAAAUGCAAACUACAGUCAGGUAAAAGUUUAUUUUUUAUUUUUUUAUUACGCCCGUAAAAAAUAUCAAGUUAUUUACAUUUAUUUUUCUAUUGUUUUGGAUAGGCUAGGAGCCUUUUAGAAACCUACUAGGCUUUUUAAUUAAGACCCCUAUAGACUAUACUUACAUUAUUUCAUUCUAUUUAGUCAGUUCGAAUAAUAUAUUAGAUUGAACAAAGAUAAAAGCGUAUAUAACAAGUAUAAAAUAAAACAUUAACAUGCAUAUAAACUUAAUUAUAUAUAUUCGAGGUGGAGGAUACAUAGUGAUAUAUAUAGUAAUAUAUGUACAUUUACAGUAAAGAAAGUGAUAAUAUAUUUUAAACCAUUAUACAUCAAUUGUUGAAUAUAUAAUGAUUUUUUAUUUUAAUUUUAAAAGUACUAUAAGAGAAAAUAGAUUUGUAUUUAGAUGCUAUGUUAUUCCAAACAUCGACUCCUUUGUUAGAAAGAGUAUGGAUUACAUAAUUCGUUCUUUUAUAAGUCUUGUGAAGCUUAGUUGCAUUCCUUGUGCCAUGGUCAUGUAUUUUAUUAUUGGGUAUGAAAUAAUUUACGAAUGUUUCUGGUAAAUUCUUCAAAUUAUGGUAUCGAAACAUAAAUAAACUUGUUAGGUAUUGAUUCAAUUUAUAAAUGCUUAGUAUUUUUAACUCCUUAAAUAUUGGUUCGGUAUGUUCAAAGUAAGAGUUAAACGUCAUUAGACGAAUUGAAUGAUUGAAUGAUUACAUGCAUGCACUUUGGUAAGCCGAAACAUAUGGUGGAAGCGUUCACGUUUCCACAGCCAAACGAUUGGCUGACGUAGUAAUUUUGUAUUGUAUAUAAGCACUGGGAAAUAUUUAGCAAAUAUUCUGUAGUGAAUAUAUCCAACAAAUUUUCAUGUAAUUUUCAAAGUAGCUUUCAAAUUUAAAAAGAAUAAACUUGCAAUCCUUCUGCAAAAUUCUUGAGUGCCUUUUUCCUUAAAUUUCCACAGAAUACGAGAAAACAACUUGCAACAAGCAAGUAUUCGUUUGUAAAAUUUCUUCCUCGAACACGCUGCUUAACACCCAGAGAAACGUUAAACAACAUACAACGAAAAAAGAAAGGUAAGGGUAACCAUUUCCUGUGCGAAUUAUUUUACCCAGCUAGUUUAUGAAGCGAACUUUUAUUCGGAGCUUAUUUCGUAGGCUAUAAUAUUUUAUGAAGUAACGAUAUAUUUAAAUUAAAUUAAAUUAAAUAAUGAAUUAGAAACCCUACAUAUAAUUCUGUCUGGAUGUUGGGAAAACGUAAUACCUGAUUAUUUGAUCUCUUCAGAGGUAAUCACAAUGGAUCUCGAGAACCAGAAAUUUCAAAUCCACAUUUCAGAUUUAGCGCAUUUCGGUCUUUCAGAAUAUUACCUCAAAAACUCUGUUAUAAAGCACAUUAAUUUUAUGCAGAUUUACAAUUUUUGGAAAUAAAUUAUCGUAUCAUUGCAUUGGAAGGUUUGAACAUGAAAGGUGUAGAAUAGGUGGGAGGAGCAAUCCCCCAGUGAAAUACCACUUCCACUACUCUUAUUGUUUUUUUACUUAUUCGGUGAAGCGGAGCUGGACCUCAACGUAUUGAGUUACAGAACUGCGUAAAUAUGCAUAUUUCUCUUAAAAAGAUUUAAACAGCAAUAAAUGGCAAUAUAUGGUCAGAGUAAGCUAGAAUUAAUAAAGUUCGUUAUCGAGUUCCGAACUCAGGGAUACUUUGCUUCUACUCACUGCGAUAUCAUGAUAUCUUUAACAAUUUAAUUUUUUGCAGGAGAUACAGGAUUUGACAUGGAAAAGUUCCGCAGUGAAGAAUACCAACGAACAUUUCAGUAUCUUACGCACUUUGCAGAAGGAUCAAACUUGGAUCAAUUUUCGUUUAGAUACGUGCCUUCUUACUUCAGCGUCGGUGACCCAGUCGAUGCUCUGACAAUUAUAAUCAAGUAAGGCUGAUUUAAGCUGGUUUGACAACUUCGUGGAUGUUCAUAUGGCCCAUAUGUUUUAUCGGGUGUUCUUUUUAAUUUUUUUACAAUAUAGUUUUGGUAUCACAUAGUUUGUCGUUAUGGCAACAUGCACACGAGUGUGAAGUUUACUUUUGAAUUGGUCAUUGUUUAUAGUGGGGGUGGCACCGAAGAGAAAGGGAUUGGGUAAACAAAAUUUUAAGUGAGUGAAAGGUUGGGUAAAUGAAAAGCAAACCAACUCAAGGGUUGGGUAACAAAAAUUUAUUGUCAUUUUCAAAGCACGAUUCACUCAAAUAUUGGAAACUAAAAAGCAAUGUCAACAGUCACAUGUCAACACAAUAUGUAAAUCAAUCAACAAUAUGUAAAUCAAUCAGAGUCAUUUCCCGAUUUGCAGGGGGGAUAGUGUCUCCAAAUACAUGUGUAGAUUACAUGAAACUUCAGAAAAUUCCACAAGCAGUUAUCUAACUUAUAUCACAGAAGUGGUAGAGGACAUGUAUGACAACUAAAUAUAUAUAAUAAUGGUAAGAAUUCAAGCGGUUUCAUUGGUCGAGAGCCAUAAGCUAUUACAGGACAGACGCACGGAAUUACGUCACACAAAACCUUAUCCAAUAGCAUUGCCUUAUUUGUAUAGAUCAUGCACAGGCUUUAGGACCAAUUCAAUUUGACAACAAUAGCAUUCCAUCUAAGUAGCAGUUAAAAUAAUGUGUACGGCACCUGAACUGUUCAAUAUCUUGCUUGACAGUGUUUCUAAAUCCAUAAAUACAUUUACAUAUUAUACAUUUACAUACAGUAUUAAGUGUUUCGACUUUUUCAAAUUUCUAAAUGUUUGGGUGGAUAAAAAGUAAACUAUUUACAUGUUUAAUUAAUAUUUGGGGGUUUUUAUUAUAUAAAGUGAGUGGGUCACUUUUUUGUUCUUCCCACUUUAUGAUGUCAUAUAGCUGAACAGACAACGGCAACAUCUUUACUUUUUAAUGGUUGGAUCAGCAAAAUUUUUCCCUAGAAAUGCAUUUCUCUUCGGUGCCACCCUUCGCCAUAAAUAAUGGCCGCGGUCCGUUAUUGCAUAGUGCACGUAGUAACAGAAACACUAAAAUGUUAUCGUCGUCAGCUAUUGACAUACAGCCGCUAUACAGGGUUAAAUGUCCGCUAAACAGCAAAUUCCGCAAUAUUUUGUGAAAACUUUAUGGAAGGAUGGGUAGUUUGGGUAGUAAAAAUGGCUUGCGCGCAAAAAAUGGCUUAAAACGCAAUUUGAAUUAAUAGGGUGCAAAUCUUUAACAUGUGUUAGGCUAGCGACACAGUGACUUAACUAAUUGAAGUAUAUAUAGGUAUAUAUCUUGGCUUAUUGUUUUACUAUAGUCAUGCACCUAUCACCUUACAGAUUGUGAUAGGUAAUGUAUUUUGCUCGCAAAUCUAUAGAAAGCUCUAGACAACGCUCUGACGCUCCGGUUUACUCCGUACCGGGCAAGUUUGACACUCUGAGAUAAGGUAAUUAGAAAAGGAUAUUAAAUAGUUUAGGGAAGUAAUGAAACAUACAUCAGAACUCAUUUAGAAGCUGGCUUUUGUUUUUUAGGUACUGUGGAAUCCGUGAUCCAUCUUGGGCAGAACUUUAUCAUUUUGUAAACUUUUUGAACAUCCAGCUGCGUGAUUGUGAAGAAAGCGUUUUCUGUAACUCAGAGCUAGUUGGCGAUCUUUUGCAAGGUUUUAGGACAUUUGCAGUUCGUUUCAUGAUUCAGAUGUCUCGUGUAAGUUUUCCUUUUUUAUUUAUUCUUAAUUAUAUGGUUCAGAUACUACGAGCGCGAUGUGAUUGGCUACUGCAUGCGCGAGCCAUAUUCUGCAGCAUGUUCUAGGUUGAUAUAGAAUUUUUAUAAGUAAUAGCAUAAAAAGAAGCGAAUUAGCUAUUAAAACGUCCCGCCCGAUGAGGGUCGUUUAGUAUAAUUCCCUUGGGCGCCGCUCGAUGAGGGUCAUUUAGUAAAAUUCCCGAGGGCCGAAGGCCCGAGGGAAUUUUACUAAAUGACCCGAAUUUUACUAAAUGACCCGAAUGGCAGGGCCAUUAAAAACCAAUUAAAAAUAAAUAUUGGUAUAAAUUAAAUGGUAUAAUUGUUUUCCCUGUCUUUGUUUAGUUUUGGCGAUUUCAGAUAUCUUCAUUUAUAUUCAUUUUUUCUAAUCGUACCCGCUUUGACGUCGUUUCGGGUAGGAUUAGAACUAAUUCUACCUGACAUGACGUAAAAGCGGGUAGGAUUAGAAAAAAUGAAUAUAAUGAGGUGUAUUAGUUAUUAAUUGCCCUGCGAGAACAAAGGGAAUACCUGUAAUCAUGAUAUUAUACAUUAUAACAUACUGUACGACGAUAUAACCCUGAGUAAGCAAUUUGAUGUACAGUACAUACGUUCACUAAAAUCACGAGGUAGAAUUUUCGUUAACUGUCGUUUUCAUGAUGCUGCUUCACUUGUUUCCUUGAUCGUAACUCGGAAAAUUAAUACUCGAUUGUUUCUGCUUUGACUUAUAGGUUGUACGAGAGGGGCAGAUUCUGUAUACUUAGCCUAGUAAUCGUGCAAUUUCCUAGGCCUGCCUGCCUGCCUGCCUGCCUGCCUGCCUGCCUGCCUGCCUGCCUGCCUGCCUGCCUGCCUCGGUAUAAUGUAUUUUCUACGAUAUUAAUAUUGAUUAGCAAGAGAAAUUAUUAGCAUGGCAAUAUUGAUGUUUUUUUCGACGAGGCAAACGAGUUCCGCGUUUAUUUUGAAUAUAUUUGUUACUUACAUGCGAUUCAGUAUCAAUUUUUCUCACAUUUGUAGUAUAUUGAAAGCAGUUAGUUUCAGAUUGAAAUUAGUUUCAUUAAAUAUAAAUUGCAUGGGGUAGGGUGCAGGUCCGUAGCUGAGGGUGCGACAGUGCGACAUUUCUCACACCAAUAUUUUCACAAAAUAUAUUUUAUCUUAAUCAGGAAUGCCGGAACCAUGGGUGCAGCGGGUGCAAGUGCACCCCAUGCCUUUUGUAUUCAUAACUUUUUGGGUGCAAUGUGGGUGCAGACUAUGAGUGCAACGGGUGCACAAAAAAUUUAAAACGAUUAGAUGUAUCCCUGUGCUAAAACUAUUAAUAACUGAGAACAGAUUUAUGUCUCACAGCUUGCUGGAGGAGCAACAGGAAAUGCUUGUGCUCGCGGCAGGGAAAAAACUUAA